CUACACGUGCAGAAGGGCUGCACUCGCUGGAUGCAACGCUUCUUCCUGUUUACGGUGGUCAUAGCCGUCAAAUAAACCAGUUUGUUGAUAACAAUAUCGGUUUGAUUUCCACUUUUCAUGUAGCUAAUUUCACUGAUUCACAGUGAUCAUGAUUCCUUACACUGUGAAUAUCAAGCUUGCCGCACGGACGUUGACUGGCACACUCAAUUUACAAAACAAAACCGCUGUAGAUUGGGGUUGGCAGGGGCUCAUCGCUCAGGGCUGCCACUCCAGCAUCCUCAUCAUCGAUCCCAAGACCGCUCAGACCAUCCAGGUUCUCGAGAGGCACAAAGCCAACGUCGUCAAGGUGAAAUGGUCGAGAGAGAACUACCACCACAGCCUGAGCGCCCCCUACUCCCUGAGGCUGGCCUCGGCCGACGCCGCCGGCAAGAUCAUCGUUUGGGACGUGGUGAGCGGGACGGCCCACUGCGAGAUCCAGGAGCACGCCAAGCCCAUUCAGGACAUGGAUUGGCUAUGGACGCAGGACGCGUCACGUGACCUCCUCCUGGCCGUCCACCCGCCCAACUACAUCGUUCUGUGGAAUGGUGACACAGGGACCAAGCUGUGGAAGAAGAGCUAUGCUGAAAACAUCCUGUCUUUCUCCUUCGACCCCUUUGACCCCUGCAACCUCGCGUUGCUGACCAGCGAGGGCAUCGUCUUUAUCACAGACUUCUCUCACUCCAAGCCUCCGGGCAGUGGGGGUAAGAAGGUCUACAUCGCCAGCCCCCACGCUAGCCCCGCCCACAAUAAACCCGCCGCCCCCACCGGCGCCAAGAAAGCUUUGAACAAGGUCAAGGUGCUCAUCACCAACGAAAAGCCCAGCGCUGAGGCGGUGACGCUGAACGACUGCCUGCAGCUGUCCUACCUGCCCUCCAAGCGCAACCACAUGCUGCUGCUGUACCCGCGGGAGAUCCUCAUCCUGGACCUGGAGCUCAGCCAGACCGUGGGCGUGGUCGCCAUCGAGCGCUCCGGCGUCCCCUUCAUCCAGGUGGUCCCGUGCGCUCAGAGGGAUGCUCUGUUCUGUCUCCAUGAGAACGGCUGCGUCACCCUGCGGCUGUGCCGCUCCGCCUCCGCCUCCGCCGACGAAUCAGAUCCGGAGCAGAGCGCGCAGGAGCUGGUGUACGACCUGCGCUCGCAGUGCGACGCCAUCCGCGUCACCAAGACCGUGCGCCCGUACCGCGUGGUCGUCUGCCCCGUCAAUGAGAACAGCGCCGCCCUGGUGGUCAGCGACGGCAGGGUCAUGCUGUGGGAGCUCAAGGCCCAUGUUAUCAAGCCCACCGUCAAUCCCAGUUCUGGGCUGUCUCCUCUCUACUCCCCAGGCUUUCGUGGCUGCUCCUUUGCGGUGCUGUGCUGGGCGCGGUCCCUCAGCCCCUCAGCAGCGCUUAAUCUGCUGUCUGUGGCUCAGGGCCGUUUGAAUGAGUCUCUCUCUUCUGUUCACCUUUCUCCGAAAGGUCAGAGUUUGGUUUCUGGAAGCGAACCCCCUUCCCUUCCGGCGCAGCAGGAGGUGCAGCUGAAGUUCCUCCUGACGGGACUCCUCUCGGGGUUACCCCUGCCCCCCUUCGCCCUGCGCAUGUGCCCCCCGCUGACCACCAAGAACAUCAACCACUAUCAGCCCCUGCUGGCCGUGGGUACGAGCACCGGGUCUGUCCUCGUCUACAACCUGACCGGCGGCCUCCUGCACAAGGAGCUGAGCGUCCACUCCUGCGAAGUCAGGGGUAUCGAAUGGAUCAGUCUCACCAGUUUCCUGUCCUUCGCCACGUCCGCCCCCAACAACCUGGGCCUGGUGAGGAACGAGCUCCAGCACGUUGACCUGCCCACAGGCAGGUGCUUUGCAUUUCGGGGCGAGCGAGGGAAUGAUGAACCGCCAAUCGAGAUGAUUAAAGUAUCCCAUCUGAAGCAGUACCUGGUGGUGGUGUUCAGAGACAAGCCGCUGGAGCUGUGGGACGUGAGGACGGGAACCCUGCUGAGGGAGAUGGCGAAGAACUUCCCCACCGUGACUGCGCUGGAAUGGUCUCCCUCCCAUAACCUAAUUGAAGAAAAGCAGCUGUGCUGGGCCAUGGCCGCACGUGUCGAGUCGACAAGCAGCGUGGAGUCCUCGUCAUCAGUCAUGCUGCAGGACGCGGAGAGCAAGGCCGAGCACAGCCAGGGCAUUUCCGCGCGGGAGCACUUCGUCUUCACCGACACCGACGGGCAGGUCUACCACAUCACCGUGGAGGGGAACACGGUCAAGGACGGGGCGCGGAUUCCCCCCGACGGCAGUAUGGGUAGUAUCGCUUGCAUCGCCUGGAAGGGCGACACGCUGGUCCUGGGGGACGUGGACGGGAACCUCAACUUCUGGGACCUGAAGGCCCGUCUGUCCCGGUGAGUCCCCUGGCGCAGCUGUGUGUCUUUAGGGAGGCUGUGUGGAGCAUCCCACCCGGGGCUGGGUGAAGACAGCUGCGCUGCUCUGGGACGGGCGUCCACGCCGAGCUGCUGGUUGUGCCACAGCCUGGAGGGAGCGUGUGGGACACCGGAAGAUUGGUGCAGCGCGCCUGAGCGGCUCUCACCGGGGCCGCAGCUGGACACCAAAGAGCCUGGACACCAAAGAGUGUUCCUCACCCGGGCCUGCAGCCUGGACACCAAAGAGGUCCAGAUGGUGAGCAGCCUCAGGAUGGGUCGGAACGUGACCCACCGCAUCCUGGACAUCGACUGGUGCACCUCGGACAAGGUGGUGCUGGCGUCGGACGACGGCUGCAUCCGGGUCCUGGAGAUGGCCAUGAAGUCGGCCAGCUACAGGAUGGACGAGCAGGACCUGAACGAGCCGGUGUGGUGCCCGUACCUCCUGCCCCCCCGUGCCUCCCUCACUCUGAAGGCCUUCCUCCUGCUGCAGCCCUGGGCCGGCUCCUUCACCAUGGACAUCACCCAGAUCGAUUACGCGGAGAAGGACGAAAUUAAGGGCCUCAUCCAGGAGCAGCUGAACUCCCUCUCCAAUGACAUCAGGGGCAUCCUGCAGGACCCUGAGCUGAACCAGCUGCAGCGCUGCCUGCUGGUGUCGCGGCUGUUUGGAGACGAGUCGGACCUGCAGUUCUGGACGGUGGCGGCGCACUACCUGCAGUCCUUCUCUCAGGCCAGGCAGCUGAGCGUGCCCGUCCCUGAGGGCCCGGAGGAGGCGGAGCCUGCCCAGGGGCUGCCAACCUCUCACCUGGACAUCUGCCACGACACGCUGUGUGAGAGCGCCUACUUCCAGCGCUUUCAGCUGGAAAGAGUUCACCUGCAAGAAGUGAAGCGGUCCAGCUAUGAGCACACCAAGAAGUGUGCUGACCAGCUCCUCCUGCUGGGACAGACUGACCGGGCAGUACAGCUGCUGUUGGAGACCAGCGCAGACAACCCCAGCUACUACUGUGACUCUCUCAAAGCCUGCCUGGUCACCACCAUCACCUCCUCUGGGCCCUCCCAGAGCACCAUCAAACUGGUGGCCACCAACAUGAUUGCCAAUGGCAAGCUGGCAGAGGGUGUGCAGUUGCUCUGUUUGAUUGACAAAGCCGCCGACGCCUGCCGUUACCUGCAGACCUAUGGGGAGUGGAAUCGCGCCGCCUGGUUGGCUAAGGUGCGGCUGACCCCAGCAGAGGGCUCAGACGUGCUGAAGCGCUGGGCGGAGCACCUGUGCUCCUCGCAGGUCAAUCAGAAGUCCAAGGCCAUCCUGGUGCUGCUGUCCCUCGGCUGCUUCCUCAGAGUGGGGGAGAUGCUGCACAGCAUGCGCUACUUCGACCGGGCGGCGCUGUUCAUCGAGGCCUGUCUGAAGUACGGAGUGAUGGAGGCCAACGACAGCACCAAUAAGCUGAUAGGCGCUGCGUUUGCGGACUACGCCCAGCUGCUGCGCUCCAUGGGCCUGACGGAGGCGGCGGCGCUGUGGGCCUCGCGGGCGGGGGGCGCGGGCGAGGACCUGCUGGAGGAGCUCUUCCAGGGCGCUGAAGCCGGGGAGGGGGGCCCGGGCACCCAGGAGGACCUGGAGGACGAGGGGACGGCUCCUUCCCCAGAGUGAGCCCAGGAGCAGGGGGGAGACGAGGGAGCGGGAGGAGAGGCGUAGUGAUGGACUGAUGGGGGGUGAAACAGAAGAUAUAGGUUUGAUAAAUGAAGAGAAAAGUGAAGAAUAAUGAACGGGGAGGAAUGAAGGAGGAAUGAAGAGAGAUGGGUGGUUCAGUGUGGACGCUCCUUCCCUGCCCACUUCCUGUUUGGCUCUUUGACCCCCAUGCUCCUGCUGUCUGUCUCUCCCCCUCUCACUCUCCUCUUCUCUUAUGACCCCCAAAACUCUGAAAUGAACUUCACUGGUAAAGACGACUGAAAGAUCGGGAUCAAGCAUGGCCUCUCCUGCUCAGACGCUGAAAAACUGUCCUGGUUUAUACGUGCUUGUCUAUUCGCUGUGUGUAGCGGUGCGUGUUGGCUGUUUUCUCUGUUAGAUGUUAGGUUAAAAUGCUCUCUCUCUCACACAAAUACAUCUGCACGCGCGCACACACCUCUUAUCUCAUGAUAAUUAUUUUUCAAAUACGAUUUUCUUGCCCCUCUUUUUUGUAUGUUACUUUUGACUUUUUUAUGACCUGAACACAGAAGUGUAGAAGCGUUGAAGGAUGGUUCUUUUAGCGCUGCGCAUACUGCUCUCCGUUCUUUCAGGAAAAGCGCCCCAACCCUCUGGAGUCUCGUAAACCCUGUAAGAAAAACGAACCUUGGCUUAUUAUGUCCUUCAAAUGUUUUUUUUGAAUGUCUGGAUUUGGCGGCUAAUUCCCUGAAGUGGGGUUGCUGCUGGGGAGGGCUGCUAAGUCAGGCUGUUAUUGAGCUGACGGUGUGUGGAAGAACAGCCUUCAUUACCUCCCUUUCCCCUGGUGCGGUGUUUCCGUUUGGCUUCGCUGAGUUCUUUGGGUCCUGAUCUUUUUUUGUUUAUCAGACUGAUCACCUCUGUUGUUUGUGGGUUUAUUUCUGUCCUGUAAUGCAUAGAAGCGACAGAAUUACAUUCCGGGAAUGUUAUUUGCACUUUCUUCAACCAAAAACUUUCCUUUUUAUCCCAAAGUUUCUUCAUAGUGUGGAUCAUUUAAAAUGAAUAGGAGCAAACCAAAUUGAAGGAUAAAUAAUUUAACUUGGACUCCAGAGUUUUAAGACCCUACAGGGAGCGUAUAAAUGUAAAACCUGUCAGAAUGGUUCCCGUGGACACAGAGUAGCGAGGCUGCUGUUGGGCCCAGCAGUGGAGUGCACAAGUUUGCCACCUAGAGGGCACAGCCGGGCAUUGCGGACCUUUUUCCCGGGUCGAGCAGAGCAGAGUGUCGGCUAUGGCUUCUAAGAGCUCUCUACGAGCGACUCAGAAGGCCGACUGCGGGAGAACCACGGCCGUGUUUAAACUUUAAAUUCUGAGCGACGCUGAAAGGAUCAGAUAAGAUGUCUGCUUUAAGCCAGAGAUGAAGGCCGAGACAGUCCUCAGACGUCUUAGCGGGCACGCAGAUGGGAAAUUAGACUGGAUCAAACGGAGCUGCGCACUGUCUCGACAGGGAAAGUUUCUUGGCAAAUAUUGAUGAAACUUUAUGCAUCUUUGUAGAGGGCAUAUGAUGGAUGGUGUAUUUUUUGUUUAAAUUGAGUCCUGUAUGGAAAAAAAAAAAUCUAUUUUCCCUUAAAUGCUUAGAUGUAUGAAGAUCUCAUAUAUGUGCUAAUAUACAAUUGUUCUUGCAAGCAUUUGGUACAAUCCUGAGGGCUAUGUUAUGCUUUUCUCUGUAUUUUAUGUUCCAUGCAUUGGUUAAUCACUGGGACAUUGAACCUUGUGCAAUUUUGAUUACAGAAAUCUGUGUUCUUUAAAGCUUUCAGUGGAAUGGACUGACUGAAUUUGGUAGGGAGAGGCCAUUGACAUUUUACCAUGCAGUCUUCUUGAUUGCCGAUUAUUUCAUUGGAUGAUACCUGGUCAUGUGGUAUGUACCUGAAUCCGGUGUUUUGUAAUUGAAAAGGCAUCUGCAUUAAAGACAGGCACGAUCUGAGCCUUUUCAGAGAUUUGCAUUGUAUUCAAACUCAGAGACUGUGGAGGGUUACAGUGUCUCUAGUUCUGAUUAUUCCAGCAUCCUUUGGUCACACAGUGAGAAAGUAAGAGAGCUUUAAUGUAGGCACCCAGCAGGAGAUGUCUUCUAGAGACGGAGCAGCGAGAGAGAGCUCAGCUGUUGCAUUCUGGGGUUUUGGCAAUAUGGCAUUUGUUUUUCUUAGUAAUGGAAAUUGACUGAUGGCUUUUAGAAGGUGCUAAUGUCUGUGGGUGGGCAGUGAGUUCUGCUUCCCAGCAGGGGGCAGUGUUGGUUGCAGGGGAGUGUUGACCAACCCCCCGCACAGCUUCCUAAAAGUGCUCUAUCUGACUAAUGUUUUUAUUUUCUAACAUUGGGUUUUUCAAGGAUUUAAUACGUUCUUAUUGCUUAAUUAUUUUUUCUACUUUAACUUUGGAUUGUUUUAUCUAUUUUCUAACAUACCUGUAUUUUAAUGAAAACCUUUAUUUUUGUUGUGUGCUUUGUGGCUCUUUAACAGAGUCAACAGACUGACCUCUUUGUCUUUCAGUAAAAUGUGGCGAAUCGGUCCAAAACCUUACUCAGUAUAUGUGAAUGUUUAAAUCAAUAUUAAUCCAUGACAUUAGUAGGUGAAUUAUAACUUGUUUAUUCCCUGGCCAGAAUCAAUCAUAUCUUUGACCACCAGUCAACUACAGCAGCAACAAAGUACUAGAUUUGUGUAAAAUUCCUGGGUGUUUAACAUGGGUAUCUUUGCUUAAAUGGAAAAUUAUGACAGCAGUGGUACCAGUACCAGCUAUGUAAUAGACUUUUUGAGUUUUUUUUUUUUGCUUGAACAUAUCAGGCUGGAUUUUUUUUUCUGUGUGUGUGUGUGAAAAAUGAUUACUCUUAUUAUUUCUUUAAUAUUUUCAAUGUUGCACUUUUCCAGUUUAUGAUGUGAGCAAUUAAUGUGAUUUGUUGUAGUGUGGUCGUGUACUGGGACUACCACAGCAGAAUUAUAAUGAAGUACUGUAAUUAAGGGUCUCUGCAUGCUGUUUGUUAUAGAUAGGGCCACCAGGUUGUCUCCACUCUGUGACCUGCAGGGAUUUAAACGUGUAUUCAUGUAGUUCAAUGGUUGUCCUCCAGGGGUCCGCAUCGGCACUCCCAACAGCACAUUCAAAGGACUAGUUGUACAAUUGAGCUUUUAACUGAGACAUCCAUGUUACUUUCCUUCCUGACUCUCCUCAUACAAUUUAGUUCAUCUAGUAUGAGGAGAGUCAGGAAGUUAAGUAAACAUGGUUGGAAGUUUAAAUGCUACAAAAAGCAUGUCUUUGAGCCGGUGGCCCUCACUCCUGGUCAUGGAGAGCUGCAGGGUCUGCUGGCUUUCAUCGUUACUCAGAACCUUAGUAGCGCAGAACUCCAGCACUUCCCGCGACCCUGCCCAGGAAUAAACAGGUAUAGGUACUGGAUGGAUGGGUGGACAAACUGGUGGCCCUAGCUAUAGCCCUCCGGACACCUGACUGUGCUGAUGUGUGGGUGUGCUGCUGUGGUUAACCUGCGUUCCUAAUGGUGAAAGCGUCUGCCCCUACCAUUGCACAAACCUCCUUUCUUCUUCUUAUAAUAGCGCAACAGAUCAGCUUUAUUGUUGUCAGUGUUCACAACAUUGGUGCAGUUUAGCGAUUAGAUAUGUGACAGCAAAGUCAAUAAAUGUACAAAAGGUGUGUGUUUAUUGUUUUCUGUUUCGGAAAAACAAAAGACUUCAACAAAACAAAAGAGUUCAGUCCUCCGGCAGCAUCCUUGGCAUGUUUCUGAUCAGUGAUGCAACUCUUUUGAGCUCCGUCUGCAAAAUAAAAAAAAAUUGAUCCAUUUGUACAUACUGCAAGCAAUAAAAUCUUUUAAAAGCUA